AUGGACUCGUUUGACUCACUUGCGACACUUGGAGACACAUUGUCCGCGAUGCCGGGCCAUGAAAGUCUGCCUGUUACAGAGUCCUACAUUGCCACGAGGACCCGGCUUGCCAUUGAGAAGGCCUUGGCAGAUAAUCCCGACAAUGAGCCGGCACAAAUAGACGCGAUAGCCAGAAUCCGUCAUUAUUUCAUGGGCGACGGUCGAGCAGUGGCAAUCGUCGAUGCAUACAUGGACGGCACCAUAGGAUUACAAGAGACUGUCCGCCAAAUAGCCGAGCCCAUAGAACGCGCAUACAGCACCGCGAACGGGGGCCGCCUGUUUGUUUCUGAGGAGGAAGUCGCCCGCAAUCAACGCACAUUCCACAGCUCAGACAAGGCGACGGAAAUGUGGGGGCCCGAGGAGAAUAUCGAGGAGUUUCGGGCUCGUGUAACAGACCCGGCUGACGCACCGUCCGUGGAGGGCGAGCUUUGGGAUCUCUACCACACCAUUCUCCACGCCUCCAAGCAGAUCUCAUGGAGCGACGGCGGCGCCCAGCAGAAGCUCGUCGAUCUCCUAGCCACGCUCAAGGCACGUGCAAAUCCAAAACGGCCGGCGAACAUGACCAUAGCUCUGAAAAGUUACUGGAUUUACGAAUGGGGAGAGCUUUGGACCGAUUCGGUCUUGCUCGGCCCGCUGGGCCGGGAGACCUGGAAUGAUUCCCCUGGGUGUGGUGCUGGGUGGGAAGCGCCCGAAAUCAGCGCUUGGGUUAACGUCAACGCGUACGUGGCGCGCUUGACGGUGCAGGAGGUCCGCAACUUCGGCGUAUACGGCAGCUGGGCGCUUCGAGAGGCACUGGAGGAGAAAAUUGAGGCUCAUGCCGGCCACCAUUGUGCUCCCCCUUCAACGAUCUACAAGGCCGAAGUCCUGUUCAAAGUCGCGGCCGUGUGGAUACGAUUGGCAGGAAGGUAUAUGUAUGAUCAUCUUCUCCCGGACCCCGAAAGCCGUGAGGAGGCAGACACGCGGUUUUGGACUCGUUCGCAGUGGGAUAGAUGGCGGAGGAGGUUUGAAGAAGAGGCGGGCAAAGUCCAGUACAUUGAAUGA